CUUGUCUAUGUAAUGGAGGGGGGGAUGAGCCGAUCGUUCAUCGUGGUGACAAGUUUGACAUCUGACAUUUACGUGACAACACGUCGAAAAUGGCUGACUCGGGGCCAAGUAAAAGCGAUAUUGAAGCAGUUUUUCAAAGAUUACGGGCUAUACAGGCUAAUAAAGUAUGUUUCGACUGCAACGCGAAGAACCCUACGUGGUCGUCGGUGACGUACGGGGUGUUCAUCUGCCUGGACUGCUCCGCCGUGCACCGCAGCCUCGGCGUGCACCUCACGUUCGUGCGCUCCACGCAGCUCGACACCAACUGGACAUGGAAGCAGCUGCGCAACAUGCAGCUGGGCGGGAAUGCCAACGCCACUCAGUACUUCCGCACACACAGUCUGAACACGGAGGACGCGCGGCAGAAGUACAGCUCGCGCGUGGCCGAGAUGUACCGCCAGAAGCUCAGCACCAUGUCUGAGCAGGCUAUGAAAACCUACGGGACCAAGCUUCACAUAGACCCAGCGCCAACAGAGGUGAAGGAAACCAAGGAGGUAGAGUCGGAUUGGUUUGCUGAGGCCACCGCCACCUCACUCAGCACUAACUCUAACCUGCAUGCCGCACCGCAGGUGGACAACAAACCAGAGGCGCUGAGCUCCGGACAGAGGCUGUGGGAGUCGCCCGCGCAGUCCACCGCGCGCAAACCUCAACCCAAGCGGACCACGUUGGGAGCUCGCAAAGGCGGCCUAGGCGCCACCAAGGUCGCCGCCAACUUCGAGGACAUGGAGCGCGAGGCCAUGAUGGCCGAGAAGCUGAAGGCCGAAGCAACGCAAGCGCAGUCCACCGCCGGCAUCGAGCAAGUAGAGCAAGAAGUGGCAAGUCUGCGGCUGGCUUACAAUGCUGGAGGCAAGGCGGAGGCCGACCGGCUCGGUAUUGCUGCGGCGCACAGGGGGACCUCACACGGUGUAUCACAUUCUGCCACGUCCGACAUGACGGUAAUAGAACAGGAAGGAGCGCCGGCUAACAACACGCGGUCUACCCUGGAUGAACUUGACGACUUCAACUCCGUCUUCACGAUGAUCAGGAGCGAGCCGUACAGCGCGGCGCGCGGGCUGGACGACGCGCUGUGCAGGGCGCCGCCCGCCGCGCCCGCGUGGGAGCACGUCGAGCCCGAGCCGGCGCGCACGGUGCACAGCAUGUUCUCCCCGGCGGAGGAGCGCGGGGCGGCGCCUGCCCCGGCGCCUGCAGGGCGGGCGGGCGGGGGCGGCGGCGGGGGCGGGCGCGGGCGGGGAGCGCGGCGCCCCGAGACGGCGGAGGACGACUCGGCCGUCAAGAAGUUCGGCGCCGCCAAGGCCAUCAGCUCGCAGCAGUUCUUUGGGGAACAGGACAACCGAUUCGAGCGCGACGCGAACUUGUCCCGCUUUCAGGGCAGCAGCAGCAUCAGCUCCGCGGAGUACUUCGGGCGGCCCGAGCGGGCGCCGCAGCCUUCCUUCGCCGUCUCGGCCCCUCAGCUCGAUGAGGUUCGCGAGUCCGUGCGCGCCGGCGUGACGCGCGUGGCGGGGCGCCUGUCGUCGCUGGCCAACGGCGUCGUGUCCUCCAUCCAGGAGCGCUACGGCUACUGAUACGUGACGCGCGUGGCGGGGCGCCUGUCGUCGCUGGCCAACGGCGUCGUGUCCUCCAUCCAGGAGCGCUACGGCUACUGAUACGUGACGCGCGUGGCGGGGCGCCUGUCGUCGCUGGCCAACGGCGUCGUGUCCUCCAUCCAGGAGCGCUACGGCUACUGAUACGUGACGCGCGUGGCGGGGCGCCUGUCGUCGCUGGCCAACGGCGUCGUGUCCUCCAUCCAGGAGCGCUACGGCUACUGAUACGUGACGCGCGUGGCGGGGCGCCUGUCGUCGCUGGCCAACGGCGUCGUGUCCUCCAUCCAGGAGCGCUACGGCUACUGAUACGUGACGCGCGUGGCGGGGCGCCUGUCGUCGCUGGCCAACGGCGUCGUGUCCUCCAUCCAGGAGCGCUACGGCUACUGAUACGUGACGCGCGUGGCGGGGCGCCUGUCGUCGCUGGCCAACGGCGUCGUGUCCUCCAUCCAGGAGCGCUACGGCUACUGAUACGUGACGCGCGUGGCGGGGCGCCUGUCGUCGCUGGCCAACGGCGUCGUGUCCUCCAUCCAGGAGCGCUACGGCUACUGAUACGUGACGCGCGUGGCGGGGCGCCUGUCGUCGCUGGCCAACGGCGUCGUGUCCUCCAUCCAGGAGCGCUACGGCUACUGAUACGUGACGCGCGUGGCGGGGCGCCUGUCGUCGCUGGCCAACGGCGUCGUGUCCUCCAUCCAGGAGCGCUACGGCUACUGAUACGUGACGCGCGUGGCGGGGCGCCUGUCGUCGCUGGCCAACGGCGUCGUGUCCUCCAUCCAGGAGCGCUACGGCUACUGAUACGUGACGCGCGUGGCGGGGCGCCUGUCGUCGCUGGCCAACGGCGUCGUGUCCUCCAUCCAGGAGCGCUACGGCUACUGAUACGUGACGCGCGUGGCGGGGCGCCUGUCGUCGCUGGCCAACGGCGUCGUGUCCUCCAUCCAGGAGCGCUACGGCUACUGAUACGUGACGCGCGUGGCGGGGCGCCUGUCGUCGCUGGCCAACGGCGUCGUGUCCUCCAUCCAGGAGCGCUACGGCUACUGAUACGUGACGCGCGUGGCGGGGCGCCUGUCGUCGCUGGCCAACGGCGUCGUGUCCUCCAUCCAGGAGCGCUACGGCUACUGAUACGUGACGCGCGUGGCGGGGCGCCUGUCGUCGCUGGCCAACGGCGUCGUGUCCUCCAUCCAGGAGCGCUACGGCUACUGAUACGUGACGCGCGUGGCGGGGCGCCUGUCGUCGCUGGCCAACGGCGUCGUGUCCUCCAUCCAGGAGCGCUACGGCUACUGAUACGGCCUCCCCCCUCCCCCUCCCCCGCCGGAGUAACCUUACUGUUGCUGGCUUACUGAUAUUCUACCGACGAGAUACGCUUUCGAAGGGUGCGGUAAAUAAACUCCAUAACAUAUGCUGCGAGUAGCGAGAGUUUAAGCUGUAGUUCGUUUUUUAGCAUCAGAAUAAAGUUAAACAAUCUUGACGUAUUGAAAAUUAUUGAAAAAUGCUUGUUAAAGGUGUAUUUAUAUUACUUAUGAAUGCAUAAAAGUGUAAAUAAUCGUUUAUGAUCUAUAAUUUUUACAUAUUUACUAUUUUUCAAGUGUUAAUUAAGUGUUUAAUUAAAGUACACGUCGAGAAUGUUUACCUUCUUUGAAAUGCUAAAAAACGAACUAUAGAGUCCGUCUAAUUUAACUUUGCACCGAUUUUAACAAACGAAGUGAGGCGGUGUCAUUAUAAACGUCUUCAUUUUAAUUUAACAUGAAUGAUAGCAGCCACACUUUGUGAUUGUAAAUGCAGAUGCGGAGUUAAGUUGGUUCUACUCUAACUCUACACCAAAGUGUGACCCCGCCAGUUGUUAUUGUGGAUCAAUUACAUAAUAGAGUACUAAAAUGUUGAUAUGAAUCACAAUUCUAAGAAAAAUUGUACUACAUGGUAUGGAGGUAUAUAUUUCUUGUCUUUGACAUUAACACUCGUUACUUUGUUACCCUCUAACAUUUUGUAUCCACGCAAGUGAUACAUAUAUUUAGGAUAAAGAUUCCUCGUCUGUUGAAUGAUAUUUAGAGCGUUUCCACAUGCAAUCAGUUAUAAAUCUGAAACUUGUCAGAUUCGAAACGAAUGCAGUGUAUAGACGCUCUUAGUGAGAGUUCGUAUCGAUUUAUUCGAUGCCAGUUAGUAAAUAUUGACUGUAAGUUUGUUUAUAAUGACCGGGAACCAUUACAAUAUACUAUACCUAUCAUAGUAUAAGUUGCAGAUUGUUCUGUCAUUUUUACUAACAAAUCUUUAAACCCGUUUUUAUACGUUUUGUCUAACAUAACGAAGAUUAGGAGCCAUAUAUUGGCCAAGCACAAAAAUACUUAAACUCCUAAGGAAGUGCAAAACAUUGUAAUCGCAAAAUUAACAGCUCUAAUCUACGCCUUUAUGGGGCCGCGGUCUCAAAACGACCACUCUAUGACGCUAUCUUUUUGUAUUUUUUUCUUGUACUGAAUUUUCAGGAUUGACGAUAAGGCUUGAAUUGAGGAUGUUUUCAAUGUUGCCCGUUAAAGGGCUAGAUGGCGCUGUAGAACGCCAUAGGGACCGUGCGCGUUGGAGGGUCUGCCAUCUUGUGGCCUGAAUCGGAACAAUAAACAUGUGAAUUUACACGUCACGUGUUUUGUUGUGCAUGGUAGGUUCUGCCAUCUCGUGGGCUACAUCGGAACAAUAAACAUCACAUUUACGCCUCGCGCCAAAAAUCUGACGGCUCCUGUGGUGCCUCCUACAGUUCAUGCACGCUCCCUAUAUGAUUUGUGGCAAGCGCACGUUAACGCUUGCCAACCUAGCGCCAUCUGCUUCCAGUUGUCUGUUACAGUAUUUUGCUCUACUUUACGCAUGUUAGUAUUUUGUGUAUGGUAUGAUGGGGCAAUAUAACCGAAUAUUACAAUAAUAUGAUUGUUGUAAAUGUGAAUAUUAUGAUAUUAAAUACAGUGGUAUUCGACGGAUGAUAUCGAAGCGUUUGCUAAACGUUCUGGCUCCACAACACUAUACUAUUGCCAAGUAGGUGGUACUCUAUAGGCUAGGCUACCCAAUAUAUCUGAAUAAACAUCCUUAAGCCAUGGCCUUGAAGUCGUGUUCAGAUAUUAUUUGCACUAUACACGCUUAGGAAAUUAUGAAAAAACUCGUUAAUCAUCCGUCGGCUACCAACGAAAAAUCACGAAUCGCUCUGUAAAUAUUGUAAUAUAACGUUUUGUAUAUCAUAUGUGUCAGUCCGACUCUAACCAGAGACACAGUCGAGUAGAAAUAUGUAUAUAUCCCAAAUGUAAACUGCAACCUGUAUUGUGAAAUUGACAACUUUUUUGAGAACACAGCUUGUGUAUAAAAAAUAUCAAUCAAACGUAUGACCUAUUUACUGUUAAGUGUGCUCAAAAUACCAGUUCUGGUUGGUGACUUCCAUGUGGUUCACGUAAGGUGCUUGCAUUUUUCAUCACACUUGCUUGUAAAGGGUGUUGCUCCACACAAACAUAGAGGGAGUAAUAUUUUUUUAAAUCGAGGCUGUAAGUUCUUUUAAAAUUCUCAUGCAUUUAAUUUAACCAAUGUAAUAAAUAAAUAACCUAUUAACAUUAUCAAAGUUCAAGUAAUUUAAGCUUUCAAAAAUAUUUGACACUAUUUUUAAAUGUGGCUGUAUGCCGAAUGUCCUUUGCCUUCAUUGUCAGAAAUGACCAAAAUGGCAACAUGAUUUUUAUUGUAAGCAAUUGUAUUUUUAUUUUGUUAAAGAUAACAUUUCCUCGCAAGUGUGAUGAAAAACAUAUUUAAAACAAAGGAUAAACAUAUUACUUCAUGUUGCAGAUGUAAUUUAUAUCAAAUAUUUUGUGUUAGUCUGUGGUGAUAACUGUACCAUAGUCCACGCUGUUCGCCGACCUUUCAUAAGCCCUGUCACAACGACAUAAGGUGUAUAUUCAGUUAACUUUGUUGUUAGCUGGUCGCCGCCGGGCAUUAUUGUUUCAUUGUUUGUUGCAUUCCUUGAUGUUAAACGCACAAUCUAUUAUGUGAGUGUGGAUAAGAAAACGGCAGAAAUUGCUACGCGAACUUUACUUAAAACAACUUACAAAUAACUACUUUGUCAAAAGGGCUUGUACUGCCAAUAAUAUCAGGCACAGCAAAGCGUGUUUUUUUUGACACUAUCUAUUUAUAAUAAACAUUUUAUCUAUCUAUUUAUAAUCAUAAAAGCGUGUCAUAUUUGUGUUUCGUUGCGCAAUAUAUUAUUGCGGGUGACUGUACUGGACAUACUUUCACUUCGCGUUGCUAAUUCUGCCGCCGACUGUACAUUAACGUCCACUCUACACGACACAGCUUGAUCCUUGUUAACCCUUGGAAUGCGUCAAGAACGUUUAUAACCUUCAUGCGUUCAAAUAAGGUUUAUAUUGGCUCGCUCACGCUCAGAAUCUUGGCGUGUGAGAGAUGUUUUUGUAUAAGAGUUAUGACUUAUGGCGUUCAGAGAGUUACCAGUCAAGUUGUUUCGUGGGGAGGGGCGUAUAAAUUAGCUUUAUAUUUAUUUUAACGCAAUCAUUUGGUGAUAGGAGGCGCGUCACGUCCACAGCUGGAGUAGACAUUUGAUGUCAUUAAGAUAUAAUCCAAACACAAUUAUUUGCCUAUAUUUCUUCUGUACACUUAUUUUGCAGGGAUAUCCCUUACAAACCAUAUUUUUUUCAUACGAUGAGAGAUUUCAAAUGUUGACAUAUUAUUGACUGCAUCAGGUGUGAGCGAGACGAGCUAUAGCUGUACGUUAGCAUAGUUGUAUUGUACGCAUUUAGUUCACCGUCAUUAUUCCCCGUCGCUCCCGCUAUCAACUCUACCCCCAUAUCCGUAAAGUUCAAAGUCGAUUGUCGGGAGCUAAUGGCGGCGUUGUUUUGAACUCUGUUAACUGAAUUUGGACCUUACUGUACAAGCAUAAGGUCUAAUGCUCAGUUAAUAGUGUUAGUAUAUGUAUUAAUAAGUAGUUUAUAUGGAUGGUGAAGUGCAAUGAGAGUAGUUUCGGUAGUCGAUGCGCCUCGCGUUCUCGUGACUUUAUUGUUUGUGAACCUUAUUGUGAAGACAUUAAGGUUUACUAUUGGUCACUUAGCACGUGUACCAUCGUCCAAUGUCUGACGAUUUGUACACGAUGGCCAGUGAACUGUUGAAAUUAAUACUUACUUUUUUCUAUAGUCGUCAACAUGCUUUUGGUGCCUGUAAUGGCUCGUCUACGCGAUGGGCCAUCAUAGUGGCACUAAGAUGGGCCAGCGUGUGUGGGGCGCAGUGCUGUCGGAUGGAUAUGGCGCGGCGGGAUGGCCAUUUAGUGGGCUAGAGAUUACGUAGCUACACGUGACCCAUUCCUGAACUAUAUCGUAAAGUUGCGUUUCAAUCAUCGCAAGGCCAUCUCGCUAGUUCAGUGGGCCAUCGUGUAGAGGAGCCAUAAGCGUCAUACUUAAGUUAACCCUUGAUAUGUGUGUGGUGGUCAAACAUCGCGGGUUCUAACCUCUGUGGUGCUGUUGAGAGCUGUAAACAUAUGCUAAAAGCUGACUACGAUUCCGUCAGGGCCUUUAUCAAACACACACAAGAGGUUAAUGGAAUUAUAGCUAGCAUAAUCCUAACUUACUGUUUCAUUUUAAUACAUUUGUAUAGAAUUAAGGUAGUUUUGACUUGCUCGAACCGUUAUAAGAUUUAUAAGUUAGUUUUUAGACAUUAGUAGAGGCGCGAGGCGGUCGGGCAAUCUCUUCCAGCGCGACGCGAUACGCGAGGAGUAAUUGUUAGGCAUUUCCUUGAGCAGUUAUUAACGAUUGUGUAAAAUAAUGAUAAUCAUAGUUUUGUUUUUAGAAAAUGAUUAUUGAUAUAAAUAUACAAAAUUAUAUUUGCAAA